UACAUUUAAAUUCUUCAAUCAACAGAGUAACCAGGUAUCAGAGGGAACGCGGCCAUGGACAACCUCACCUCUCCCGCGGGGAAUGGCAGCCGGUGCACCAGGGACUACCACAUCACCCAGGUCCUCUUCCCGCUCCUCUACACUGUCCUGUUUCUCACUGGACUUGUCACAAAUAGCCUGGCAAUGAGGAUUUUCUUUCAAAUCCACAGUAAAUCCAACUUUAUUAUUUUUCUUAAGAACACAGUCAUUUCCGAUCUUCUCAUGAUUCUGACUUUUCCAUUCAAAAUCCUCAGUGAUGCCAAACUGGGAACAGGACCACUGAGAACAUUCGUGUGCCAAGUGACCUCCGUCAUAUUCUACUUCACAAUGUACAUCAGCAUUUCCUUCCUGGGGCUGAUAACUAUCGACCGCUACCAGAAGACCACCCGGCCCUUUAAAACAUCCAGCCCCAACAAUCUCCUGGGGGCUAAGGUCCUCUCUGUUGUCAUCUGGGCAUUCAUGUUCUUACUCUCUUUGCCUAACAUGAUCCUAACCAACAGGAGGCCUAGAGACAAGAAUGUGAAGAAAUGCUCUUUCCUCAAAUCAGAGUUUGGUUUGGUCUGGCAUGAAAUAGUCAAUUAUAUCUGUCAAGUCAUUUUCUGGAUUAAUUUUUUAAUUGUCAUUGUAUGUUAUACACUCAUUACAAAAGAAUUAUACAGGUCAUAUGUAAGAACAAGGGGUACUGGCAAAGUUCACAAGAAAAAGGUGAACAUCAAAGUUUUCAUUAUCAUUGCUGUAUUUUUUAUUUGUUUUGUUCCCUUCCACUUUGCCCGGAUUCCCUACACCCUGAGCCAGACCCGGGAUGUCUUCAACUGCUCUGCAGAGAAUACUCUGUUCUAUGUGAAGGAGAGCACGCUCUGGUUAACUUCCUUAAAUGCAUGCCUGGACCCAUUCAUCUACUUUUUCCUUUGCAAGUCCUUCAAAAAUUCCUUGAUGAGUAUGCUGAAGUGCACCAAUUCUGCGACACCUGCUCCCCAGGAAAACAGGGGGAAAGGUGGUAGGGACCCAAGCGAAGAGACUCCAAUGUAAACACACUGAGGUAAGAUUUCAAUCUGUUAACCAGAUUGAAAUAGUAGUGUUUGGAACUCCUAAAAGAAAACACUAUGUAAAAAUAUUAAUACUAAGAAG